AUGGUUGCGGUCAAGCCAACAAUCUCCCACGUUAUCUUCGAUUUUGAUGGUCUUCUUGUGGAUACUGAACCCAGUUACACUCUAGCAAACCAGGCUAUGCUAAGUAGAUUCGGUCGUGAAUUCACUAUGGAUAUGAAGGCAAGAAUGAUGGGACGCAAGAAUUUGGAAGCGAUCGCGUGGUUACUGGAUGAGGUAGGCAUUGCUGAUCGCGUGACACCUGAAGAGUAUGCUGUUGAUUACCAUAAAAUGUUAGCGAAGAUGUUCGAGAAGUGUGAUAGCCUACCAGGAGCUGAGAAUCUUGUUCGACAUUUGGCCAAGAAUGGAAUUCCAAUGGCUAUUUGUACGGGGUCUUGCAGCCGUUCAUUCUUUCAGAAAGCCGAGAAUCACCGAGAUUGGCUUGACUUAAUACCUAUACAUGUAUGCAUUGGAGACGAUGAUAGCAUCAAGCGAGGUAAACCCCAUCCUGAUGCUUUUCUGGAAACAAUGAGAAGAUUUCCUAUACCACCUACCAAUCCUUCCCAUGUGCUCGUAUUUGAAGAUGCCCCGAACGGGGUGAAAGCAGCGCUUGAAGCUGGAAUGCGACCGGACAAAGUCCUCUUUACACUGAAGGAAUUCGCUCCGGAGGAGUUCGGUUUGCCACCGUUUGAUUAA